AUGGACUCACCCAUGAAAGAAGCAUACGUCCAACUUAUCGAAGUCAUCGCAAAAGACACCACAGACCCAGCCGGAACAGAACUCCACGUCCGCCAACUUAUCGCCUCCCUCCCCUCCGUCCUCCGCGCCCGCGACGACGACCAGCGGACCGCCCUCCACCACGCCGCGCGCCUAGGCCGCACCGCCCUCCUCGUCGCCAUCCUCGAAGCCAACCCGGACUCCGACGUCGACGUCCGCGAUGUAGAUCACUGUACGCCUUUGCACCUUGCCGCGCGGAAUGGGCACGAAGGGUGUGUUGCGACGUUGGUGUGUGAAGCGGGAGCGGACGUGCGAGCCGAGGAGAGUUUUCUCGAGACGCCGCUUCAUGAGGCGAGUCGGGGCGGGUAUGCGCGGAUCGUGACGCUGUUGAUUGAGAAUGGGGCGGUUGUUGAUGCGCCGAAUCGCGAUUUGGGGACGAGUUUGCAUAUUGCUGCGCGACGCGGGAAUGAGGAGGUGAUUAGGGUGCUGCUUGAGGCUGGGGCGAAUCCCGGGACGAGGGAUGCUGUUGGGGAUACGCCGCUUCAUGAUGCUGCUAGAGGUGGGCAUGAGGGUGUGGUGAUGAUGUUGUUGGGGACCGGGUCCGUUUCUAUUGAAGCGCAGAACGCGAAUGAUUUCACGCCGCUGAGCGUUGCUGCGCGCCAUGGGCGGGAGGCGAUUGUGAGGAUGUUGGUGGAACAGGGUGCGGAUGUCGAUACCAUGAGCAACGAGUACUGCACGCCUCUCCAUCAAGCUGCCUCCGAGGGCCACGACGGGGUUGUGAGGAUUCUCAUCGCUGCGGGCGCGGAUGUCGAUUUACAGGAUAAGGACGACCAGACGCCCCUCCACGCGGGUGUGAUGUUUGAGCACGAGGCUGUCGUUGCCUCGCUGCUUGCCGCGGACGCGGAUGUGGAUGUGCGGGAUACGGAGGACUGUACGCCGCUGCACCACGCCGUGAAGAACGAGAAUAAGAGGCUUGUGAGAGAUCUAUUGGAGGCCGGGGCGGAUCCGACUGUGAUUUCCUCGACGGGGGAGACGCCGCAGAGUUUGGCCAAGUUGUUGAACCGCAACUCGAUCGCAGAUCUGUUCAACUCGCCACAAGUCGUGCCGAAGCAGAACGUCGGACUCGAUGUCUUUGGGGUGUUUGCUGCGGCCGGUGUUGGGAUGGGUGGAGGUGGUGGUGGCGGGAGAGUGAAGAAGACUCGCCCGCCGUCGAAGCCGAAUCAGGAGGCGGAGAUUGAGGCGUUUGUGUCCGAGGCCGCCUCCGCCUCCGAUGACACUGCCGAUGCCGGUGGCGUUGCCGGCGUUGUCUCCACACUCGGCCGAGACGCCGGUCCGAAGCCCCGUUGGAUCACCUACACGAAGCCCCGCGCGAUCGAGAGCCCAUUCGAGGGCGCAGAGUCCCGCGGGGAGUCCGAAGCUCUCGCCUCUCCAAACACCAUCUCACUCGCCGCCGCAUUCUCCUCUGCUUCAACCUCCUGGGAGCCCUGGGUUGAACAUGAGGGAAAUGAGGAAGCACGUCAGCCAGCAGCGCCGCAAGAGUUCGCAUACAACCGGUGGUGGUGGUGGUGGUGGUGGUGGUGGUGGUGGUUCAUGCACCACUAA